CGGACUCGGAGAUGAAGAGAGGAGGAGAAGUUCGCCUCCGGCGCACGUACAAGGAGCAUUAACUCCGUUUCAGGAGGGGGAACAGCAACAACAAGCGCCUCCGGUAAAGCUUUCCAGGGAAUGCUGAGGAAUACCCGACAGGAGAGGAACACCGCUCACAGCUGACUCCUGUUUUUACCGCUUUUGAUACCAACAAAGAAGAAGAAGAACCAGAAGAAGAUCAGCCGUUAUUGAUGCGUACUGGUAGAGUGCGGUGAGAGAAGGACAGCCGGACUCCCUCUGACUGUCUCGGGGAGCUGCUUUUGUCAUCAUUCGUGGGUUUUGGAGAAGAGCAGAGACCAGAGAAGAAGUGAAAGUGUCAAAGACUCAGAAUGAAUAACAACAAAAUCGAGAAAGAGAACGAGCCGAGUGAAUUCACCAACCACGAAGAGGAGGUCCGAACGCUGUUCGUCAGUGGGCUACCACUGGAUAUCAAACCUCGGGAGCUGUAUCUCCUCUUCAGACCAUUUAAGGGCUACGAAGGAUCCUUGAUAAAACUCACUUCUAAACAGCCGGUGGGGUUUGUCAGCUUUGACAGUCGAUCAGAAGCAGAGGCUGCUAAGAAUGCCUUGAACGGGGUUCGUUUCGAUCCUGAGAUCCCCCAAACCCUGCGGCUGGAGUUUGCCAAGGCCAACACUAAGAUGGCUAAGAACAAGCUGGUCGGCACUCCCAACCCCCCUGCCUCCCAGCAGAGCCCUGGGCCACAGUUCAUUAGCAGAGACCCAUAUGAGCUCACAGUGCCUGCUCUAUAUCCCAGCAGCCCAGAUGUGUGGGCGUCAUACCCGCUGUACCCGGCAGAGCUGUCGCCAGCCCUUCCACCCGCUUUCACCUACCCCUCCUCGCUCCACGCUCAGAUUCGUUGGCUCCCACCUGCAGAUGGAACUCCUCAGGGAUGGAAGUCCAGGCAGUUCUGUUGAAAUAUGUGUGCCUGAUGUGUGAUGGUGGCCGUGUGCGGCUGUGACGGGCGUUGCUGAUUACCUCUUGUUUUAUUUAAAAAAAAGAAACGGGGGGGAAUCGACCUGACUCCAGAACCCGGAGCAGCGCAGCCGUCGGCAGCAGCAGCCUUAUGGGCUUCAGGAUAUACUAGACCCCCCACAGCCUCCAUCACACAUCAACACCCCCAGCCCAAGCCCUCCCCCAAGUCUUUGCAACUUCUUCUUUUUUUAUAUGCUGUUACAUACGGGCAGCGCUUUGGCUACACCUCCUCUGAAAUAUGGAGCACCCUUCCUAUCGCUGGCAGAAUUCCCGCUCCUGUAUCCAUAAAUAUAAACGUUCGGAACGCCGCAGGAGCGCCAGGAGGUGAAACGGACCAGAUAGAAGUGUGGCUAAAGCGCUAUCGAGUAAUGUUGUUAUAUAAUAAUUACUAUUCUGUAUAUCAUUCAUAUCAAUGUUAUUAUAAUAAAUACAUGUUGAAGCAUGACUUUGCAAAAAACGAAACAAGAAAAAAAAUGACGAUGCUGUAAAUUUUUAGAUAUUUUAAAAGAAAUACAAAAAGUAUUUUUAUAAUCAAGACGAUGUUGAAAUGUUUUGAUUGUUCUGCAAAGAUGUGUGUGAGGAAUUUUCAGACUUUUUGUUGUCUUUUUCUUCUUUUUUGUGCCAUUUUUAAAACCCCGAGUCAUCCUGCCACACCAAAGCAGCCCCGUCACUCUGCUUCGUGUCUUUUACAGUUUUUAUAACGACGAAUAAAAACAUAUUUUCUUUAUUCCGGGCGUGUUAGAAGCUAAAGACAACCAGAUCCGGCUCAUAAUUCAGCCGUUUGCAGUAAUCAGAUGUGUUAAAAGAGGCGUCGACAGGAAAAAGCCAUUGCCGGUGACGGUGAACGACCCCAGAGACGGCGGCACGUGACAAACGAAGAUCGGCUAUUAGUAGUCGUUUGUGCAGCAAGAGGACAGAGAAACAAAAGACCAAAGUAAUAUUUUUACACUAGAGAGCUAGAAUUAUUCUGUUUCUGACUGCUUUGUGGUCGUCACUCUGAUUUCUGCUGAAGUAUGACACUAUUUUUACAGCUUGUCCCUUCUGGUGUCACUCCAAAGACAGAAACUUCACUUUCUUUUCUGCCUAUUUUUAGCAAGCGAUUCAACCUGCUUUUGUAAAUUUACAUAUUAAUGAUCAGUUAGAAGAAGAGAAAAAACUCUGGUGUCUUUCUGGGUCGGCAAUGACGUCCUGCUGUACAACAUAUCAUUAAGAUCAGAUGCUUUUGAUGCCAAAUUUAUCAUUCUUGUUGCAUUUGUGAACCGACUCUUGUUCUUUUCUGAUGAAGGUCUCGUUUCUUGUUAAUGUGAGGAAUUAAAAAACAAUACAUCUGUAAGAAUACUAUCCCCUAUAACGUUUAGCUAAGUGUGUAAACUCAUCUUGGACUGGGCGAAUCCUAUACAUUAGUCAGUGUUUUUAAGUGUUCAAUUGUGAGAUUCAUAUAAAGGUGAUUUAAUAAAUCAUUUUUUGUUGUUUUUACUACUUUAUGCUGUGUGUGGCACCAAAUUUAUUAGAAAAAGUAUUUAUAGAAAGUGUGUAUGUGUGUUCUGAGAGAUUUUCUUUUUAAAGUUGAUUCCUAUUGUAUAACGAUUUGUAAGUAUUAUUGUAAGUUUAAUUGUAUAUUCAUUUGAUACAUUUUCUAGAUCUGUUUGUUUUUCGUGUGUCUGAACGGAGUGGCCAGGGUGUGAUAUGUGAAUACCGUUAUAAUUCACUGUGAAGUUCAGAGAAGAAAAAGCUUUUUGAACAAAUAAAUCUACAUGUUUUUGUUCCCUCCAACAUUAUGGUACAAAUAUUCUUGGAAAAUUGAAAAGAUGAUCCCUCCUUUCCCUUUACUUGGUUCGGUGUGUAACUGUGUGUUGUGCAUGUUCACGGCAUGUUUGUUCUUUUUCUUAGCGCAUACAAGUACUGUUGGUAUUUAUGUACUUUAGCCGCUGUAAGGAGAAACUGUAUCUUGGUGAGUCGCGGAGGUUUGUUUGUUGAAAAGUAAAUAAUUGGUGAUCAAACAGACAUUUUUUUGAAAAUGUUGAGUGAAGACAUUUCAGUCCAUCUGUCAUUAAAGAUCGACGUUUUA